AUGCCAUUCCUCAAACUCAUCCCCGUUGAGCGGCCUGCCUCCGUCGUACCCAAGCAUCUAUCUUCGCCCACUCUCAUCCCUACUCGCACCUCGACUCCUACGGACAACAGCAACGCCAGCGCCGACGCCAACGGCACCGGAGGAGAAAAGCCCGUUGUCCGCAACGACAACGACUCCGCCACGCCGCUGGCCGCUGAGGCCGAGGACGCCGUCGUCACACGAACAAAUGAUAAUACAGCGCCUGGGUGCGCAUUCCUGCAAUUGACGCCGGAUGCCAACGAAACCGGCGACUCGGCGGAGGUUCCGGGUCAGGCUCCGACGCAAGUUUAG